AUGGCUACGAACACAACCAAAGCAACGCAAUCGCCAGAGACGGAGACAGACCGUCAGUCUCUCGCCCAUGCUCCCCGGUCAGAUCAGGCUCCGCUGAAACAAAAUGAGCCUGAAAGCGUCAACACCAACGCCGAGACCUUCACCUCCAAACGGACGCUUCCUUCUUCCAAGAAAAAACACACUUCAUCCCAUGCUUUGUUUGAACAAAACAUCCGACUUCGCGCUCGUGUGGCUGCUCUGCAGGAUGCUACUCAGCGGGAUGCUGCUCAGUGGGAUGCUGCUCGGCAGUACACUGCUCGGCGGUAUACUGCUCAUUGGAAACUCCACAACAUCGAGAGCGAGCUCUGCAAAGGCGAUACCCUGAUCUUUGUUGACUUUCCUCGUUUAUCAGCUGACGAUCAUAAAAAUGAUUGUUUCGGUCAUGAGUGGAGCUCGGUACAUUUCCGCGCAUCCUCCCACAAUCUCCGGGCUACCGGAUCGACCAAGUUUGCCGGCAUGCUCGACGCGAACUAUCAAUCCCGUAUCCAGCGAAAACGAAAUCUCCUCAACAAGCUCCCUCAGGGCAUCAGAUUUGUCCUCGACCUCACACCACCCUUUGAGGGGGAAGAGUUAGUCUCGCAAAUAAGAGACGUCGCCCUAACGCCUGGUAUAAUCGGCUGGUGGACCGCCUCUGACAAGCACGGCGUGGAUGGCAGUGUCGUUUUUGGCCAUGACGAUGUCUGCACAUGUAGUGAAGAUUCAGCAGACGAUGGCGAGGAGAUCCCCAAGUACUCCUCUAGCGAUCGCGAAAGGCUCAAACUGACAGAGGAAGACUUAUGGCUUGGUAUGCGCCGCCCAGACAAACUGUCACUACUUUCACGAACCUUGCAUGAAGUCCAACCACAUGUCGGCCGGAGGUUCACGGAAUGGAAGCGCAAAGCCAAACACACUGCUCAGCAAGUUCCUACCCACCGGAAAAUUCCUGAAUACUGCCCGGCCCGUCACCGCGUUGGUAUUCUUCGCUUAAUGCUCAUCAUCGAGAACAGACCAGUCAUGAUUGACUCAGCCCCUCUCAUUUGGACUCUGGUAGCCGUAGCCAACAUCUUUGACUGUGCGCGCGUGGUUCGCGACGUGUUUCGAGAGUGGCUUAUGAGCCCAAACAAUACUGUCUUUGUCGAGGCUCUGCCGGAAGAGAGUCUGAAGCUUGGGUUUACCUUGCUGAUGGACGACGUAACUCGUUCUGCGUUCCGGAUCCUUGUGAACGAGCUCGCAUUGGAACAAGCAGCGGCUGAUACUCGAGACAUCCACAAGAUCGCUCCUUACACUGUAUUCGGCCGGAAGCGCCAUAACCCUGGAGAUUACUUGAACAGGCUUAUCCAGCAUGCCGCGUAUGCCAUGUUCCAGCGAGUGUCGGAAAUCCCAAGACGAAUUUUAGGCCGAAUCAUCUUUGAAGAUCUGCGCAUUCCAGAGUGGGAACUUCUGCAAAGCUUGUUACAGACGUUGAACGGUCCCCCUGAAGACGCUGCAUUCCGUGAACUCGAGGACGUGGCGCAACAUUUCCGCAGAACUUUGAAUAGAAGCACAGGCUAUAUCGCUGAUAAAGCACUCGAGGAGCACUUGAAAAGCUACCUUGUGGAGAGCAUCGACGACUAUAGAGCUACUUAUAUCGACACCCCAGUCUUCCGCCCCUUCGGCCAGAUCCACAAGGGCUUCAACAUUGUGCAGAAGUUCAUGUGCCCCUUUGUGUCACCUACCAUCUUCGAAGACUUGAGUCGCAUAUCAACGACUUUUUCCCUAGGGUUCACGAAUUUUAAUGUCGACCUGCGGGAAAAACUUAGCAAGUAUCCCGAUCUGCGCAGGGAAUUCGACAAGGGUUGGCUCUCGGCACAGGAACAGUUCGGCCUUCGUGGGUUUCAAGAUAGCUUGACGGGUUUCAUAAGUUCCAUCCAACAGAAUGUCCUCCUACCCAAAGUCGGUAUACCAAUGAAAGCGACCCGGCAGUACAUGCUUCUUACUCUGACUCAAAACGAGUUCAGGUUUCUUCCCCCCUGGGCGGGCGGCAACAACGACGGCACCGGCGCAGUUUUCGAAGACUCUCUAUUUCCUGCAGGUCACGGGCCAGAAGCAGUUCACCCCAUGGACUCCAUGAUCCCGUCAAACGCAUCCGACCUGCCCGAUUGUGAGGGUGGGACGUCGACACAGACCGGAUCGGAGGGUAGACACAGUGCUGUCAGUUCUGAAAGCGUGGAUUCUCAGGAAAUCGUGCCAAGCACCUUGGAACCGAACAUGGUUACUACCCCAACAGACGGCCAACUCCUUUUGGAACCUAAAGCCGCAGAUUUGAAUCCUGAUAGCCCUGCUCCACAUUGCGUGAAGCCGCCGGAGCCGCCGGAGCCGCCGAAACCGCACGAAAGUUACGUGGCGGCAUUCGGCAGACGAACACGUGAAGUUCUUGCCAUGACCGGGCUGAUAGAACGCGAUGUUCCCCCCGGCCAUCAGCGGAUUCGUUGGAAGAAUGUGAGCCCUUGA